CCAGGCAAGCUUGUUUUGCUCGACGGUUGAGGACACGUUUUCAAAUGCAAAACAGUAUUGUAUGGCACAACGAACACAAAUGCACAGUCGACCGCACAAUGGAAAGCAUUCCUUUAGAAUUACGAAACGGUCAAAAGCCCGAAUACAACCACCGCCUUGUGUAUGGGAAAAGCAUCGGGCUCGUUCGCAAUAUUUUUAUUCAGGUGUAAAUAUUCCUACAAGGAAACUGUGUAAAAGGACAUUUGUCUCCUUCGAAGCGGCAUUUAUCCAUUGAUGUGGUAUGCAUGGAAUUAAGCACUGUUGAUGAUUCCAACUGAUACGCUUUUGCUGCUGAUCGAAGCGCCACGGUCAUAGCUUCCGCGCGUGUGAUGAUCUACACCUGACAGCCAAUAUGUCGCAGCGAUACCUAGAUUCAAUUCGAAACCCACAGCCGUAUUCUGCUUCGGACACGGAUAACCCGCCUAGUCGAGCCCGGACGCCUGUUAGUGUGGGUCCGAGGAACUAUUCCACCCCCAGCAAUGCUCCAAGUCGCUCCAGGACACCUGCAUCGGUCCUGGAACUCAUUAACCCCAAGCCUUACCCGAACGCACAGAACACCCGCGAUCACCAGAUAGUGAAGCCAACGGCCGUCAGGGGUGGCGAGAACCCGGCUUACUACCAGGAUGAUGAGGAUAAACCGAGAUCGAAAAAACUAACGAAAACGAGAAGCACUCCCAGAGGGACUCCGGCCGGUAGCGACGCGGAGAGCAAGUAUAAUGCUCAGUCUAAUAACGGUUACAAAGGAGGAUCGCUGUCUAGUCUUAACCUAUCCCUACAGGUUGCAGAUGGACAGCCGAUUAAGAAAGAGACAGUGCAAGAUGUGGAGGCUGGUCCUAGACCGACCCCGAGAACAACCAGCAUCGACGGCCGUGACAAGGACCAUAAGCUUGCCUCUGAUGCCUUAGGUUCGAAGCCUAUUGACACGACUAGAUCAUCACAUCCAAUGACAGCAAGGGAAAAGAAAGAAAAGAUGGCCAAAACAGGGGGGAGAGAUGAGGAGGAUUGGGAUGAUGAGGAGGAUGAGGUUUGGUAUAAACGACAUGAAAAGCUACUUUGGAUCGUAUUCUUCAUAGUGGUGUUCUUUUUCGCCCUGGGUCUUGGACUUGGGCUGAGAGCUGCAGCAACUGAUUAUGCUGGCGCAUUUGCAAACACAGCAGGACAAGAAUGCAGAUUCUCUUGCCGGAACAGGGAUAGAUAUACGCAGAGGUCAUCUAAUCCCCUCAUUGUGUUCUCAAUAGAUGGCUUGCCCAAUGAUCUACUCAAUUAUGAUUAUGGGAGGAAUCUUAAAAGAAUGACUGAAUGUGGGGUUCAUUCACGCAACCUGGUUUCAUCCUUUGCGAGUACAACCUAUCCAAAUCUCUGGACGAUCCUAACUGGCCUAUAUCCAGAGAAGCAUGGUGUAAUAUCUGAUUUCAUCCGUAGUUCAACCAGAUCAUCUCGUAUAUUCGAACCGAGGGUCUCCCAGAAUAAUCUUGAUGAAAACGAGUGGUAUAAAGCAAAACCGUUAUGGCAGACAGCUCGUGAGCAGGGCGUGACAACAGCCAGUCACUCAUGGGUCGGUAAUAACAUGCGUAGCUACGAGAAUGAAGUCAGGCAACCCAUAAACAGCAAGCCAAACUACUAUCAGAGAUACAAUUCAGAACUGAACCCUCAAGACAUGAUCGAUACGGUCUUACAGUGGAUAGAUCAAGAGGAGGUUGAAAAAAUCCCACAAUUCAUAACUGUGUUCUUCAAGGAGCCUGGUGAAACAAUCAGACAAUACGGAUACAACUCUCAACAGGCCAAUGAAGCAUUAAGGGAGGUCGACCUGGCCAUAGGUAGCCUGUUAGACACCCUGUACAGUCGCCAAGAUGGAGGGUGUUUCAACAUGAUGGUCGUUUCUCCUUCGGCUCUCGUCAAUACAACAUGCGGCAAUAACAAUGAUAAUGUUGUCUUCUUUGAUCAAGAGAUAACUGACACCCGUGGUUUCACUCUAACGCCUUCCUAUCUCAACACCUUCGCUCGCAUUGAAGUCAACUCUCUUGAUGCUGCUGAUGCAUUUGAUACCAAUGACAAGUUGGCAGAUGAAUUAAAGUGCCGGUUUCCAUCCGAGGGUAAUGUCUACACACGAGAUGAAAUGCCUGCUAGAUUCCACUAUUCUUCUGACAUGAUACCCAACGGCGUCUUUGUCCUCAUGAAAAAUAUGAUGUCAUUUGCAAUGUCUCCUUCAAAUUACGAUCAGCAGAAUUGUCGCUAUGCCAGUGAUGGAUAUGACCCUUAUAGUAUUGAUACAAAGGCUUCCUUUAUUGGUUUUGGAAUGAGCUUCAGACAAAAUUACACUGCCUAUGAAUUUGAUACAGUGGAAAUCUACAACCUCAUGACAAAGCUCUUAGGGGUAACUGGUGAACCAAAUAAUGGUACGAUGGGUGCACUGAACCAUAUGUUACGGACUCCGGGUAACUUCCCGACUAUGGCCAAGGAGUUUGUGGAGGAAUCUAACUGUGUCUUCUCUAAUGAGGACAUGGGGCCCUUUAACACUGGAUGUACUUGUGAACCUGUGAAUGUAAAUGACCCUACCGCUAUGGAGAGGGGCCAGCAAGUCCUCAGUGUCUCGAGUGGCGCAGCCGCUCGUCACAUUCCGUUUGGUGCACCGCGCAUGCUGGCUUCCGUCAACCCAGCCGCCGGCUCCAGCUGUAAGCUUUACCAAAAUAGCUACGUCAUGGCUUAUGAUAAAACACUAUCCAUCAGCAAAUAUGCUUCAUUUACACUAACGACUGGGUUCAACACGGUUACCAUGCCGUCAAACUGCAUCAUCACCGACACUCGUCUGACAAUAGGAGAGAACCCAACUUGUAACGCGUACGGUCCGCAGCGAAUCACCUCACUAGCUCCAAAUAUUCGACAGGGUUUCUUGCUUCAACCCGAGUUGUCUGUAGGAAGCCAGUAUUCUGGGGUCAUCUCAUCAAACAUCAUCCCAAUCUACUCCGAAUUCAAAAGAGAUAUUUGGGAUGGGCUGAUUGAACUCUAUCGGAUAUGGUUUAACUUUGGAUCGACACAGAGCAUCAACAUCGUUCAAGGGCCUAUUUAUGAUAUAAAUCACAAUGGAAUAACGGAUCCCUUCUCUCUUAUUUCAUCCUCUGAUGCCUGGGCAGGACAGACCGUAGUUCCAUCUCAUUUCUACAUUAUUGCUACGCGAUGUGCCAACGACACAACUCUAGAUUCAUGUGAUGCAAAUGGAAUUCAAAUGAACGCCUUCGUUCUACCACAUAAUAACAAAGGAUUACCGAAUUGUGCACAGCAGACGCAACUCCAGGAUUAUCUGAGGGAGCAUCGGGCUAGCGUCAUGGACGUAGAACGAAUGACUGGACUCUUUUUCUUCCCUGAUAAGGCCUCAUCAGAGAACACAAAUACCAACGAACGAAGGCUCAUCACUCUCAUGAAAUCAGAUAUUCCAGACUUGUGGAUGGUCUAAAAUUAAACCCAAACAAAUUGUCACGAUAACAAGUUUGCAAUAACAGUUUAAAGCUACUGAAAUCUUUCAAUUUGAUUGGUUGAUCGUAAACUUGCUUAUUAUGCAUUUGUUAUCAUAACAAAUCUUUAUGAAACUGAUUGAUUCAUUGAGCUGUUCGUAAAAUUAACCAUGACUUUACAGAUUACUGGAACAUAAUCUUAAUAAGGUUAUCAUAUGGUUAUCAUGUAGAACUAUAAAGGGUAACUAGUCGUGCAUAAGUAUAAGGUAAUUCGUAACUUACAAACAGCCUCAAAACAUCUACCAAGACCCAGAUAUUCUUCAGAAUAGUCCCAAUUUAUAGAUUGUUUAAAUCAUGUAUCAACUUCAAAUUUAUAUGAAUGAUGUCAGCAUGACUACCAAUCUUGUAUUGAAGCUUUAUUCAAAACGGACCCUAAUCGACUGAGAUUAUCUUGCCCUGUACCGAUCUUAUGAAAUUUGAUAUUUUUGUCUCUUGGUCGUUAUGAUAUUUAUGCCUUAUUGAUCAUAAUACCUUGGAUGUAGGCAUUUGAAGUUUAAACUUAUUUGCCUGAAUAUAUGCUGGUGAUUGAUAAAAAAUGAUACAUGAAAUAUUACUACUUACAAGUAAUUGAAAACAUUUGAAAGGGCACUCCGAUUGACUGUGAGUAAUUUGAUAAAAUAAUGGUAUUCCCUAUUGAUGAAAACCCUGCUGCAUCCCAUUUCAUUGUGAUGUCAUCACUAUUGGUUUUGAUUCCAUCAUUGUGUGAAAAAAUUGUGAGAUACUGUCAAUAUGAGAUAGGUUUGAAGAUGAAAAAAUCUUUCAGUUUUGCAUGCUAUUCUUUAUCUUUGAAAUAGAGUGUAGAGAUAAAAUGCUAUUCUACUCCUGCAUUAGACAAUUGGAUAUAUUAUAGUUUGUUGGUUUAAGCUGUUAUAAUGGUGAACGGAUAAUUACUUGUUUGUUCUGGAAAUAGGUCAUUAAUUUUAUUAAACUGGUGCAUAUAUUGGACAAAAAUAACAUGGUUUGAGCUUAUAACGAUCAUUAUACUAUUCACAUUAUUUACGACACUGUGCCUGUAACAGGAAAUGCUUGUGAACUUGCUUGAAUGAUUUGAUAAAUACAUCGAGUGCAAAUUUCAUGAAACUUGGUAUUUGCAGUAACAGUUAUAAGCUACUGAAAUCCUUCAAUCUGAUUGGUUGAUAGUAACUUUUUAAAUAGAAUUUGGGCAUUUGUUAUUGUAACACCUCCUUGUGAAAUGGGACCCAUGUGUGGGUUUUAUUAGGCCCGCAUUCUGGCAUAAAUUCUCUUACGAUUUUUUGCUCUUUUUUAACUUUGUAGUAUACCAUUUAUGUUGUAUGAACACGUUUUGCAAGAGUAGAAUGAAUUUCAGAUAAUCUUUGGGGAAUUUUGAUAUCAUAUUUUUAUUCCAAAAUGGAGUUUAAACUUUCUCAGUUCUUUAUAUGCCAUCGUAGAUUACAGCAAGUGGAUAUUAUUGUACCAAUAUAAGAUGUCUCCGUAUUCUUAAUGGUCGGGUUUCCUUUCAAUUACUUAGUACUAGAAACAUUAUGUACUGGAUACUACCUUCUUUUAUAAUCUGUAUAGUACACUCUAAAAUGAAAUGUGAAAUCAACAAUUGAAAUGUCGGAGGAGAGACAACCUUUUCUAAAUGUUGCAUUUGCUACUUUAAAUGGUUCGACCGACACUAAAUUGUUGGAUCCAGCUUUAUGCUCCUCCGACCUUUAAACUUUUGAAUUAACAUUUCAUUCUUUUUUAGAGUGGAGGUAAAAGUGCCAAAUUGAAUCAUUUUUUAUAUGUGAUCAUAUUGUACAUAAGUGCCUGGAAUUUGUGAUUUGUAAUUUUUCCUACUUUUUAGAGCGUGGAUUUUAAAGUCUGUGCCGCGGCUAUAUACACUCAGAUAGGGGUUGGGGUUAUUGUUGUUCAAACAGUAUUGAACUAAAAAUCUAUCUGGUCUAAUCACUUGUAAUGAUAAAGUGACAACUCAGAGUUUGAUUGGUUUCGUUUUAUUUGCUUUUUAAAAGUUGUGUUUGUAUUUUUGAGCUUUUCAAAUUUUCAUUUCUAAAUAAUUAAAUAAUUUCAAGUCCUCACAUUUUUUAAACUACAUUGUUCCAAAUUUAACAUUCUUUACCUUGGAGAGACUUCGUCAUCAUUUUCUUUUAAUUUGCUGUCUUUAUUCACUUGCUAUGAUGCAUGUAUAAUUACCAGUAGUGAAAAUCUUGACUCGAAUUUUAGACGUUGUACUGUACUAGUCUUAUUUAUGACAAAAUACAAUUUUUACACUUCAAAAUGGAUUAAACACUGCAGACAUUGGGAUUAUAAUAUGGGGCAUAGAAAUCGCACAGAUUAUCAUAUUCUCUGUUGCAGAUUUCACAAUGUUUUGGAUUAUAAUUCUUAUUUUUCCUUAUGAUAAUUAAUGUUUAGAUACUUCGGAUUGAUUUUCAAGCGUGAAAGGGAUAUACAUAGUCCUUUUUAACGAAAACUUCCAUUUUCGAAAAUUUCUAAAGUUUGAAAUGGUGCAGGUGUUGUUGUUUUUUAUACAUAUAUUUGAAUAUACUUAUUGACAACUUUUAUCAGUGUAAGGAAACACAUUCUUAUCCAUGUACCAUAGGCUUAUAGGCAUUUAUAAAUAAAGUAAAUGUAAAUUUAGAGUAUGACUAUUAUCAACCUGAAUUUGCAGUGAUAUAUCUUCGCUGCAUUCAGGUAUACUCUUUGUAUAUCUUCGCUCUAAAUUGAGUGUUUAGUAAAUAGAAAUGCCGUUUUGUA